CUCGUGUUUCGUUGCUUCGCUCCGCGAGCAUCCCCGCAAUGAAAUGGUGCUCUCGUUGCGGAGGCGAUGGCUCUCCCUCCUAACCCUAACCCUAACCCUAACCCUAACCCUGAUCCUCCUCCUCCACACCACCCCUUCUCUUCGCCUACUCCUCCCCACUUCCCCCUCCUCCUCCUCCUCCUCCUCCCCACUCCCCUGCGGCGCCGCGGACGCCGACCUCGCCGCGGGGCGGUGGUCCACGGCACCCCUCCGCCGCCCCCUCUACGACGCCACUUGCCCCUUCCACCGCAACGCGUGGAAUUGCCUCCGCAAUGGCCGGGAUCGCGUGGAUUCGAUCGCGUCGUGGGCGUGGUUCCCCGACCGCUGCGGCGGCGCCGCGGUCCCGCGCGCCGACCCGCGCGGGUUCCUCGCGGCGGCGCGGGGACGGAGGAUCGGGUUCGUGGGGGACUCGCUGAACGAGAACUUCAUGGUGGCGUUGCUGUGCGCGCUCCGAUCCGCCGAUGCCGGGGCGAGGAAGUGGAAGAGGAAGAGGGCGUGGAGAGGCGGGUACUUCCCCAAGUUCGAUGUGACCGUGGCUUAUCACCGCGCGGUGUUGCUCGCUAACUACACGUGGCAGCCUAUGGAGCAUUCAACUCUUCCGGCUAAAGAUGGAAUAAGAGGGAUUUAUAAGGUGGAUGUAGAUGUUGCAGCUGAUGAUUGGGUUAACAUCACCAAGUUCUAUGAUGUCCUAAUUUUUAAUACUGGGCAUUGGUGGGGGCCAGAUAAAUUUCCUAAAGAGACUCCACUUGUCUUCUAUAGAGAAGGAAAGCCGAUAGAUCCCCCACUCGGCAUUUUUGACGGCCUAAAAGUAGUGCUCGAGAGUAUGGCAUCUUACAUAGAUCAGGAAGUUCCUAAACAAACAUUAAAGCUAUGGCGAACUCAAUCGCCGAGGCACUUCUAUGGUGGGGAAUGGGAUCAUAAUGGCAGCUGCUUAUUUGAUGAGCCCCUGAAAGAUAAUGAGCUUGAUUCUUGGUUCGAUCCGAGGAACAGAGGAGUAAACAAAGAAGCAAGGGAAGUGAACUCUCUCAUUCGAAGUGCUUUAAUUGGCACAGACAUACAAUUAUUCAAUUUGACCUAUUUAAGUGAGUUUCGGGCCGAUGCUCAUCCAGCAAUAUGGCUGGGAAAGAAGGAUGCCGUUGCCAUAUGGGGACAGGACUGCAUGCAUUGGUGCCUUCCCGGACUACCUGAUACAUGGGUCGACAUCUUGGUUGCGCGAAUCAUGCAUUAUUUUCAACAGGGUAAGCAUAGGAAAAAUUAAAAGAAAAAUUGACCCUUCAAACCCUAUUCUCUGAAGAUCGGCCUGAUUUAUGAAAACAAACUGGAGGACUUAUUUUUCUCAAAGAAGCUGCUGAUUCUUCUGACAGCCAAAUGGUUCUUAAACAAUGAGGUAUGCACCAAGCAUCUUCCUUGUAGUCUCGAAUUUUUCCUUCCUCCCUAUGUAAAAGUGUCGUGCAGUUCCAUUCAUUGAUUCAUUAAUCCGUAUGUACAGGAUGUGUUUCCAUUGAUUUAUUAAUUAGUACGCGCUUUAAGCUUAGGGUUUUGGUAUCUUAUUACAAAAGCCUCUCGAAAGACAUGUUAGACUAGUUUUUCUUGUCGAUUUCUGUAAAUUAACAAUGUUUUGGCAUCUUACAGUAUAUGUUAUACAACUUUUUCUUGCUGAUUUGUGUAAAUUAGCAUUGCAUCUGUAA